GAGAGAGAAAAUAAGAACAUGUAUCAGAAAAGAAAAUUGAAAAUUUUCCCGAGAAAAUAACCAAAAACCCUAACCCGAUUUCCUCUUUCUUCAAAUUUUCCCAAGAAAUCGCGAUUCCGAACCCUGUAAUCACACAGAGAUGGACGACAUGGAAGAUGAUGCGAGGUACCCUCCCAAGUCCUUCCCGUUGAGCUGUCAAAACCCCUCUUCCCAUCGCCACAAGCACCCAAAUCGAGCUGCACCAUUCCACCAUCGCCCACCCACCACUCGCUACAAGGUGGAUGAAGAAGACGACGAGGAAUUCGAGGACGCUAAGGAAUUCGACGAUUACAACGACGAUGACGACGCACCGGAAAAUGGGUAUGCUGGGAAUUUCGAAGAGGAUGAUGGGUUUGCCAGGAAGAAGAGGAAGCUACGAGGUGGUCCCUCCAACUAUGAGUUCGCGCCACGGGCGAAGUUCCCAUUCGGGAAUCGCGGUGGUUCUUCCUCCGCGGCGGAGGAAUGGACGGAGCAUGCGACGCUUGUGCUGUUGGAGGUGUGGGGGGAUAAGUUUCUUCAAAUUGGGAGGAACAGUUUGAGGUCAGAGGAGUGGCAUGAGGUUGCUGAGAAGGUUUCUGAUGAGUUGAAGGUGGAAAGGACGGUGGCGCAAUGCAUGAGUGUUUUGGAUAAGCUGAAAAGGAGGUAUAAGAAAGAGAAGGCUAGAAUUGAUGAGAUGGGUGUGGGUGUGAGUUCUUGUAAGUGGCCAUUUUUCAAGAAGAUGGAUAUGUUGAUGGCUUCAUCUGCAAGGCAAGAGUAUGGACUGGCUUGUGGGGUUGAUUCUGGUGAGUAUGUGUUCAUGAAUACUAGGGUGUAUUUGAAUAGGUCCAAUGGGUUUGAUGAGAUGAGGGAUAGUCCUGGUGAGUCUGAGACCUCUGAGGAGAAUGAUUCUGAUGGAGUUGCCGCGGGGCCAGGUGGCGAUGGUGAUGAGGAGGACGACGAGACUUCCUAUAGGGUGUUGGCUGAUUCUAUUCAGAAGUUUGGGAAAAUAUAUGAGAAGAUUGAGAACACUAAGAGGCAGCAGAUGAUGGAGUUGGAGAAGAUGAGGUUGGAUUUUAACAGGGAGUUGGAGUUGCAGAAGAAGCAGAUUUUGGAAAGGGCUGAGGCUGAAAUUGCAAAGAUGCAGGAAGUGGAUGAGGAUGAGACAGACUCUUCUACAGAGAAUCUCAGUGAAUAAUUUAGGUGUUGUGUAAUCUGGGGACGUUGGUGACAUCUGAAUAGAGUGCAACAGUUUACGAUAAAAGAUUUGUCCACUAGCUGAAAUGAGCUGCUACCAGUAAGGUUUUCUACUCCUUUGUGUCAUCCGACAACCAGGAUGUUGAUUCGAAGUAGAUUAAAUCUGUAAGAGUAACCGGCCAUAAAUGGCGGUGCACUUUUAAUAAUUUGCAGCACAAAUCUGUAACCCAUUUCAUCCAAAUAUGUGCUUUCAUCCUUUACUCGAGAGAUGGAAGCUUAAUGCUGAUGGUAUGUUAAACUUAAUUGAAUCUCCAUUGAAUUUUGAA